CACCCAUCUGAGCGGCAGUGUGAACGGCAAAGGAAGAGCUCCCUCCUGCUGGGCUCCUGAACCAAGGCCAGGGCGCUCCGCGGGGCCAUCCUGCAUGCCUAAUCCGCUAUUUAAGGAGCUAGCUGCUCUCCUGCAGCCCAGGUACCACCCCCUCCUCACGUACACCGGUACAGAGCCACCUUAAAAGCCGGAGGCAACUGUGAAGUUGCUGGCCAGUAAGUGGUGUAGUGACUACGGAGGGACAGAGAGCUGAGAGAGGAAGAGAGAGAGAGAGAGAGAGAGAGAGAGAGAGAGAGAGAGAGAGAGAGAGAGAUUGAUUAAUUUAUCCUGGGAUCCAGAAGUUCGUUCUAACCUGAGGAAAAUCAAAUCCCUGGAAGCUUGCAGAGACCAGAAGAAAACACGCCAGAAACUCUUCUCUCUCUCCUUCCACACCUCUCUCUCCUAGCUCCCAAAUUCCUGGCUCCCCCGUGCACCGCUGUGGAGAUAAUGUUGCUCUUCACUCUCCUGUUAAAGGUGACUUGGAUCCUGGCUGCAGAUGGGGGUCACCACUGGACAUAUGAAGGCCCACAUGGUCAGGACCACUGGCCAGCCUCUUACCCUGAGUGUGGAGGCAAUGCCCAGUCCCCCAUCGACAUCCAGACAGACAGUGUGAUAUUUGACCCUGAUCUGCCUGCUGUACAGCCCCAUGGAUAUGACCAGCCUGGUACUGAACCUUUGGAGCUACAUAACAAUGGCCACACAGUCCAGCUCUCCUUGCCCCCUACCCUGCACCUGGGGGGACUGCCCCGGAAAUACACAGCAGCCCAGCUCCACCUGCACUGGGGUCAGAAAGGAUCCCAAGAGGGCUCAGAGCACCAGGUCAACAGCGAAGCCACAGCUGCAGAGCUUCACGUGGUCCAUUAUGACUCGGAGUCCUAUGGCAGCCUGAGUGAGGCUGCUCAGAAGCCUCAGGGCCUGGCUGUCCUAGGCAUCUUAAUUGAGGUGGGCGAGACUGAGAAUCCAGCCUAUGAGCACAUUCUGAGUCAUCUGCAUAAAAUAAGACACAAAGAUGAUGUAACCUUAGUGCCGCCCUUCAGUGUGAGAGAGCUGCUCCCCCAACAGCUGGAGCAGUUCUUCCGUUACAACGGCUCGCUCACAACCCCCCCCUGCUACCAGAGUGUCCUCUGGACAGUCUUCAACAGAAGGGUCCAGAUUUCAAUGGGACAGUUAGAAAAGCUCCAGGAGACGUUGUCCUCUACAGAAGAGGAGGCCCCUGAGCCCCUCAUACAGAACUACAGAGUCCCCCAGCCUCUCAACCAGCGGAUCGUCUUUGCUUCGUUCACCCAAGUGGGACCAUUGUAUACCACAGGAGAGAUGCUGGGUCUAGGCGUGGGAAUCCUGGCCGGAUGUCUCUGCCUUCUGCUGGCUGUUUAUUUCAUCGCUCGAAAAAUUAGGAAGAAGAGGCUAGGGAACAGGAAGAGUGUGGUCUUCACCUCAGCACGGGCUGCCACAGAGGCGUAAGCUGUCUCAAGAUGCCACGGACGCCUUCCCCUUAUACCUGUUAGAGAGCCUCUCUAAGGGGGUGCAAGGACUGAACUACCAGUAGUAGGCAGACACAUGCCCUUCUACAUACCACCUCCCCACUCAUACACCAGAGAAGCAAGGACCCAGCUCUGCAAGGAAGAGCGGAGCCUUUGGCCUUUCAACAACGAAGGUCAGGAGAUCCCUGUUUUAAUGUUUAGCUAUGAAGAAGCGGAGGAUAGGCCCUGAUAUCCCUCCCCUUACACUUUCACGGCCCCUCCCCUAGAUACACAUCGUGGAUUUUUUUUUCCUCUAGGAAAAAAAGCUGCUACUAGGAUUUUAGUUAUUUUUUUUGCUCAAUAAUGUUUGAAAACUCAA